AUGCGACCUUAUACAGACAUCUCUCUCUCUCUCUCUCUCUCUCUCUCUCUCACACACACACUAUCUAUCUACCUAUCUAUCUAUCUAUCUAUCUGUCUGUCUCUCUCUUUUUCUUUCUCUCUCCUGCUAAAACGAUUGUCAAAAGCAUCAUACUGCACACCAAUAGCUAGUGUUCUGAUUUGGAUCCUUAUUGAUAACAGUAGUGUGAGGACUGUCUGUGUCGCUCUCUCUUUCUCUUUCUCUCUCUCUCUCUCUCUCUCUCUCUCUCUCUCUCUCUCUCUCUCUCUCUAUCUAUCUAUCUAUCUAUCUCUCAGUGUCUCACCUUUCAUCGAUGCUAAUCUCUCUCUCUCUCUCUCUCUCUCUCUCUCUCUCUCUCUCUCUCGCUCGCUCGCUUCUUUCUCUUCCUUCUCCCACUUUCCCAGAAGCCAACUCCCUGGGCUGAAAACAAAAGGGAUUUUCAGUCCAAUCAAAUCUGUCUGGAAAUAUUGUACUCUCUCUGUCUCUGUCUCUCUCUUCUCUCUCUCUUCUCUCUCUCUCUCUCUCUCUCUCUCUCUCUGUCUCUCUCUCUAUCUCUUUCUCUCUCUUUGUCUAUGGUUACAAUUGCUCUUGAUUCGUAACAACUUACCUCCCCUGACCUCUCCCAGUUUUAUCUUUUCUUGGAUGUGGGUUUGA